AUGGCUUCGGGGCGAUUCAGCGCCCUCGCUGUCGGGGUCUUCGCUGCUUCCAUGGCAGGCGUCGUGGCGGCCAGCUCCAACUUCACGUCCCUCGAUGCGAUGCAAGCACAAAUAACCCUUAUGAGCGGCUUCCCUAAAGAUUGCCCGCCUUGCUUCAACUGUCUCACGCCCUCUUCCACCUGUGGUCAAUAUGCCGAGUGCAACAGCUAUGAUGGAACAUGUGUCUGCCCUCCAGGAUGGGCUGGUACGGACUGCCUGAAGCCACUAUGCGGCUCCCUGGCUGGCGGAUACGAUCGUCCUAUGCGUGAUGAAGGCUCUACCUGUGAAUGCGACGAGGGCUGGACUGGCAUCAACUGCAACGUAUGCACCGAAGAUCUAGCAUGCAACGCCCUGAUGGAGACAAAGGAAGGCGGCGUAUGCUACCAGAAGGGCGAUGUCAUCAAGAACAACUACCAGAUGUGCGACGUCACCAACAGGCAUAUCCUGGGGAUGCUGGACGGCAAGAUACCACAAGUCACCUUCACCUGCGACCGCAACAGUUCUGAGUGUGAUUUUCAGUUCUGGGUCGAUCAGGCCGAGUCGUUCUUCUGCCACCUGACCGACUGCGAUUCGGAUGCUCAAUUUGACGACUCUUCCAACAACACCCAGUAUCGUUGCAAGACUAUCGACUGCAGCUGUGUACAGGAUCGCAUGCUCUGUGGCAAGGAUGGCUCCGUCGAUCUCACCGACUACUUGAAGGAGGAGAUCAAGGGUCCGGCUUCCUUUGAGUGCGCCCAGAAAGCCCGGGGCUCCAACGACUGCUCUUUCGAAGAACCGCACAUGAAUGAGCUCAUCAGUAGCAUCUUUGGGGAUCCCAACAUCUAUCUCACCUGCCGCUCGGGCGAGUGUCUCUACAACACUGAAGUUCCCGGCUACAAGAAGCCCGUCCCGAAGAUCAACACGCCUCUUAUCGCUGCCGUCAUUGCUGCCUCUUCGCUCUUCCUCGUUGCCGCUAUUCUGCUGACCUGGUACAUGUCUCAUCGCCAGUUCAAGUACGGGCCUAUCAACCUCGACGACUCGGACGAUGAGUCCAUCAAGCUCAUGACCGACCACAGACCUGCAUCUCUGUACUUUGAGCAUGUUUCCUAUGUCCUCAACGGAAAGCUCAUUCUGGAUGAUAUCAGCGGUCUGGCUCGUCCUGGCGAAGUAAUGGCCAUCAUGGGCGCUUCGGGUGCCGGCAAAACCACGUUUCUGGACAUUCUUGCUCGCAAGAACAAACGCGGCGAUGUUUCGGGCGACUUCUACGUCAAUGGCGAGAAGGUCGACGACAGCGACUUCAAGCAGGUCGUCGGCUUUGUCGACCAGGAAGACACCAUGCUGCCAACACUGACAGUCCACGAAACCAUUCUCAACAGCGCCCUUCUGCGUCUCCCGCGCGACAUGGGACGUUCAGCCAAGGAACAGCGAGUUUUUGAGGUAGAGAAGCAGCUGGGCAUCUACCACAUCCGAGACUCCCUCAUCGGCUCCGAGGAGGGCCGCGGCCGUGGCAUCUCGGGUGGUGAGAAGCGCCGUGUAGGCAUUGCCUGCGAGCUCGUUACGAGCCCGUCUAUCCUCUUCUUGGACGAACCUACCAGCGGUCUCGACGCCUACAACGCCUACAACGUUAUCGAGUGUCUGGUGACCCUGGCCAAGAACUACAAGCGCACCGUCAUUUUUACCAUCCACCAGCCGCGUUCCAACAUUACCGCUCUGUUCGACCGUCUCAUGCUCCUUGCCCAGGGUCGUACUGUGUACUCCGGACCCUUCACGCAGUGCCAGGACUACUUUGAUGAUAUCGGCUACUCGUGUCCUCCAGGCUUCAACAUCUCCGACUAUCUCGUCGAUCUCACGAUGCACGCAAUCAACCCCGAGCCAUUCAGCGACGACGAUGUUGUAGGCGGUCCGAUUGUGACGGUUACAGUCUCUGACACAGCUACCGAGCGCCCGAGCAGCACCCGUGCCGUCAAGUCCAUUGCCAGUGGUUCGGCUAUAAGCCUAGGCGCCGAUGAGAGCGUGAACGCAAGCCUGGCAAACGUCGAGGCCACAUCGUCGGCGGUUCGCCACAAGGGCAAGCAUCGGGAUUCCGUCCGUCUCCGCCAGGAGCGAGAGCUUUUUACCCGCCGCAAGAACACGGUUGAUACGGUUGCCUCAUCUGAGGCAGGCGACGACGCAGUAGACGGCUUCAAACUCCGCCUUCAGCCACCCCAUAUCGUCCCGCCUCAGAUCGUGGAUGACCCUGACGACCCGCUGCCGGGAUCUUUUGGUGGCAGCGACCUCGAUGGGCUUGUGAAGUCUUUUGCUCAGUCCGACAUUGCCAGCAGCACCCACGAUGAAAUGCACCUCGCCAUCGCCGAUGCCCUGGCCGCCAACGGCCUCAACGCGGACGUUGCUGAAAAUGGCAAUGGCAAUGGCACUGGCUCUUCUUCUCCACAAGCAAACGGCAAUUCUUCCGGCAGGACAAAGACACACCUGAGCGUUGUCGGCAGAGGCUACGCGAGAGUGGGCUUGCUCCGCCAGUUUGUCAUUCUGUCGCAGAGGACGUGGAAGAACCUGUACCGCAACCCGAUGCUGAUGUUGACACACUACGCCAUCUCCAUUCUGCUCGGCGUGCUGUCUGGCUUCCUGUUCUACGGUCUGACAGUCGACAUUCCCGGGUUCCAGAACCGACUGGGUCUAUUCUUCUUUGUGCUGGCUCUGUUCGGUUUCAGCACCCUGACAAGUCUGAGCACCUUCUCCGGCGAGCGGCUGUUGUUUGUGCGGGAGCGGGCCAACGGCUAUUACUCGCCCAUCACGUACUUUGCGUCCAAGGUGCUCUUCGACAUCAUUCCGCUGCGCAUUCUGCCUCCAAUCUUGAUGGGCUCCAUCAUCUACCCCAUGACAGGUCUCGUGCCAGAUGUCCAGCACUUUUUCGUUUUCAUCCUGGUGCUUGUGCUCUUCAACCUCGCUGCGUCCGGAAUCUGCCUUUUCAUCGGCAUCGUGUGCAAGGACAGUGGCGUUGCCAACCUGAUCGGCAGUCUGGUGAUGCUGUUCAGUCUGCUGUUUGCCGGUCUUCUGCUGAACCACGACAAGAUCCCGGCGUCCGCUGUGUGGCUGCAAUACCUGUCCAUUUUCCACUACGCUUUUGAGUCGCUUAUCGUCAACGAGGUGCGCUUUCUGGUCUUGGUCGACCGCAAAUAUGGCUUGGAUAUCACUGUGCCCGGCGCCGCGAUUCUCAGCUCCUUUGGCUUUAAUAACUCGUCACUCUGGAAAGACAUCACCAGCCUGGGCGUCUUCGCCGUGGUCUUCGUCAUCCUGGCUUACGGUGCUAUGCACAUUUUACUGGUGGAGAAGCGGUGA